AUGGCGGACGGCUCCAAAGACGUCAGCAGGCGGCGGAAUCCAGCGGACAAGCUCACCGAAGACCUCCUCGUCGAGAUUCUGUCGCCCCUGCCGUACAAGUCGCUGUGCCGGUUCAAGUGCGUCUCCAAGCGGUGGCGCGGCAUCAUCUCCCACCCCGACCACCGCAAGGCGCUGCCGCAGCACCAUCUCCAUGACCUCGCCGGAUUCCUCUACUCGAGCCGCAGCCCUGACUAUUUAUUGAUUCGCAAUUUCACCCAUGUCUCCACGGGAGGUCGCCCUCCUAUGGACCCUUCGCUUCCCUUCCUGCCUAACUGUGACAGGUUCAACCUCCUGGACAGCUGCAACGGCCUACUCCUCUGCAGCCGCUUUGAGACCGCUGAUUCGCGGGCAUUUGAUUACGUAUUGUGCAAUCCUGCCACAGAGAAAUGGCUUGCCUUGCCGUUGCCGCGCUUCUUCAGCAAGUGGCAGACAGCUCGCUUGGGGUUUGACCCGGCUGUCUCCUCGCACUUCCAUGUGUUCCAGUUCCUGGAGGAUGGGGCUGAUACAGACGACGAUGUUGACGAUAGUGAUGGCCACGUCAAAGGGGUUGAGAUCUACUCGUCCAAAACCGGCGCCUGGAGUCACAAGGACAGCGGUUGGGGCUUCCCAGCUAGGAUAUUGAGUUUAAGUGCCUUUGGCAAGGGUUUUCUGCAUUUGGUUACCAUCGAGCCUGCGGUGGUGGUGGCAGUGGAUGUGGAGGGAACUACUUGGAGGGUUAUUCCUAUGCCAUGCAAUCUGUUUGGCCCUGAAAUAGAUCUUGCUGUCGGGUUCACUGAUCUGUCUCAAGGGCGUUUGUAUUUAGCAAAUAUUGAUCAUCGUGAUGGUCACAAACUAUUGAUCUGGGUUCUUGAGGACUACGGCAGUGAAGUGUGGGUCUUGAAGCACAGCGUUAGGCCUUUUGAUCUAUUUGGAGUCAAGUAUGUCCAUCAGGGAAUCAGGUUUCACAUUGUCGCCCACCACCCGCAACGAAACAUGAUUUUCUUAGUUUUUGGGCAUGACAAAGUACUCGUGUCUUAUGAAAUGGAUAGUGGAAAAGUGCAGUUCAUCCGCGAUCUUGGAAAUGGUUCCAUGGGACCCUAUCGUCCUUAUGUUCCCUUGUACUCGGAGGAAUUGGCAGAUUGGAACUGA